GCGCACCUUACAAUUCAUUACUUGACUGUUUCCAUUUACUUUUCCUCUAAUCAUGAGUGGAGGACAGGGUUACAUUGGAUCAAAGAUCUCUCUGAUCAGCCGCAGCGAUAUUCGUUACGUUGGUGUCUUACACAACAUCAACUCUGAAGAUUCUACCGUCGCUUUAGAACAUGUGCAAUCUUUUGGUACAGAGGGACGUCGAGGCAACCCUAGCGAAGAAAUCCCCCCAUCCGAUAAUGUGUUUGAGUACAUUGUAUUUAGAGGUUCAGACAUCAAGGACUUGCAAGUAUUUGAACCCCCUGCGCCAAAGCAAACUGCUCCCCCACCACAGCAAUAUCCCAAUGACCCAGCCAUUAUGAACUCAACCAUGGAUAACUAUGCGCCCAAACAGACAUCCACCGCUGCUCCUGCACCUUACACACAAGCUCCUUACUACAACCAGAAUGCACCUGCCAAUAGCAUGGCUCCUUCAAAUGUCGAUAGCCGUGUCCCUGCUUCAAAGCAGCAAGAAUCUCAAGUGGUAGGAUCCGCCGCACCGGAAGCCACCCCGGCCAAUGCUCCUCGGGCUGAGGUUACAUCUACUGAUGUUGAACAGUUGGCCAAGAGUGUCAGUGGCAUGAAUGUCACCGGUAACGAAAAGCCCAUUGCAGCUGCUCCAAGCGGGUCAGCUAAGCUACCUGGUACCGGUGAGCAUUUGAUCAAGAGCAACAAUCGUGGCAACCGAAACUCCAGAGUCAACGUUCGUUACAGUGCUCAUGGUAAUGCCAAUCCUACGGCUAACAACAACAGCAGCGCCAAUCGCGUUCAGAUCCCUAACUCUGAUUUCGAUUUUGAAACGUCUAAUGCCAAGUUCAAUAAGGAUAGCAUCCUCAAAGAAGUGACUCAUCCUCACGAAGAAGAGCAAGUCAUCGACCACUCUGAUGUCCAAGAUGAGGAAGAGGUUAUUAUUCCCCCUGCUGACGAUUAUUAUAACAAGACCAGAAGCUUCUUUGACAAUAUUUCAUGCGAGGCAAAGGAGAGAUCAGAGCAAGGUAACAACAAGUACGGCGACAACCGACGCAGCAAAUUCCACGAAGAGAGAAAAUUGAACGUCGAGACCUUUGGUCAAGCUUCCGUCGACCAAGGCAGACAUCGUGGGUACAGAGGUCGCGGUGGUCAUCAUCGCGGAGGUCGUGGACGUGGCUAUCGCGGUGGACGCGGUGGUUACAACAACAGCAACAACAACAAUAAUAGCAAUAACAACAACAGACAGCAAUCCACUACUGCUUAAAGCGUCGAUGUUCGGAUGUGUUUUCCCUCUUACUUACGGUACACCGAGGACACUUUGUUGGAAAGAAAAAACGAGAAAAGAUAUGAGGAAAUGAAUUCAGGAACGUAAACCGCCAACUUUUUUUGAAACCCUUUUCCUAUCUCCACUCUGUUCAACACAUGCUCUCAUUUAUUAUUUUCUUUCUUUUACCGUAGUUCUCUUCCUUAUGUAAAAUAAUUCUUUCCGUCUUUUUACAUCUUGGGUUUUUUCUUUCAUUAAAGCCUCUCAUUCGUUUGACUUAUCAUCACUCAAUGUAAAUGUUAUU